GUUAGCCCAUGUAUAGAGGCCCAUCUAGAAUCCCAUGUAUAUGAUCUAUAUAUCCCACCCUUCUAGGGUUUGGAGGAAUACAAUCCAUUAUUCUCUCCUACAAACAUAUUGAUGUUUUUUUUUCCACAGGCUUGCCUAAGUUCAGAACCACCUGAGGGAUUUACUGGCUGAAGGUUAGUUCUUCUCUUGACACUACCACUUCAGUUGCAGAUACUGCCAUAUCUUGACUGCAUGCCGUAGGUGUUACAUAUGGUUUUGUUCACUCGCAACAUUGAGUCCAGUGUUUUGCAUGAUCUAGGGAAACGUCGUGUGUGUUAGCUAGCUCUUGGCCUUAACAUCUCAUGCGGCAGCAACAUCCUCAGCAGAACAUAUUACAAGUUUUUACGACACCGCGUGACAGUGACACUAUUGAUUCUUUAAGCCUGUAGUACGCAUAUGGAGAAACAAACUCACUUUUGCUAGCUCUUUUUCAUUUUUCUCUGCAGAAAUUUGAAAGCAGAAAGGGAUGUGUAUUAUUACACCAAUUGAAACCUACAAAAAUUUUAAACUCUUUAGAUGCUGCUUCUGGAUUAUGAAUUUGGGCUUCAGAGACCAAAAGGCUAAGUAAUUAUUCAAGAUGAAGGCAUUUAGCUUUUGUUUAGUUCUGUAGCUUCCACGGCAUCAACAUAAUUUCAGCAAAUCACUUUUCUUUACUUAAUCUGCACACAUGUAGACAUGUAUUUUCUUUUUCUUGAUAAGGCUUCAUGUUUCUUGACUAUCUAUUUUCGUUCUUAUUUUGUACAUUCCUACACUAGGUGGAGAAUACAGCACGUAAUCAAACAGUGUUUUGCUAACUGGUGGAACAUCUAGGUGUCAUUACUCACUAAUUGAUUUUGUUUUUUCAGAGGAUGCACCCUUUUUCAGGUUGAAUUGGAAAAAUUGCGCCUCUUAUGUGAGAGGAUAAUUAAGAGACAAAGGGAUCCCACACCGCGAGUCAGUUAUCUCGCUGUCCCCACCCGUCAGUUAUCUCGCUCGUUCAUCGCCGAUUCCACCGCAAUCUCAAUCUGCGUCGGCGGCUCGGCGCCAUGCUUCUCGGCCGCCGGGCGAUCUUCCCCCUCGUCCGCACCACCGCCACCACGACGUCUGCCGCGUCUUCACCCCUGGUGUUGCUGAGUGUCGGCCACGCGCUGAGCGAGCGGCGGCGUUUCACGGAGGCGGAGGUGGCGGCGUACGCGGCGGUCAGCGGCGACCGCAACCCGGUGCACCUCGACGACGCCGUCGCCCGGGAGCUGGGCGGGUUCCUGCGCGGCCGCGUGGUGCACGGGAUGCUCGUGGCCUCCCUCUUCCCUUCCAUCAUUGCCGCCCGCUUCCCUGGAGCGGUGUACGCGAGCCAGACCCUCAAGUUUGCCGCGCCGGUGUACGUCGGAGAUGAAGUGGUCGCUCGAGUUCAGGCACUCCACAUCAGGACCACGACGGCGAACAGCACCACAGCAAGCCGAUACGUGUAUGUGCUACGGGUCAAGUUCGCGACCAAAUGCUUCACAGACGAAGAGGAGGGCUCUCUUGCGAUCGAAGGGGAAGCCGUGGCUGUCCUACCCACACUGGAGCUCAGCUCUGAGUCAACUACCAAGUAGUAAUAAAAAGGUGAGUGUGUUUAGUGGGCCAACACCAGCGCCUGUCUAUCUUGUACUAUCAUGUCUGUUAACUGCUGGCUACUCUCUACUGCCAUUUCAUCAGGGGCUUCCACAAACUUCUGGUAUAUAUCUUUUGCAAUUUAUCAACGAGGCUGAUAGUAUGUGAGUUCUUUCAUAAAUAGAACAUGAUCUUACCAUAUAUAUAAUCAACUUGUGCCAUCCAUGGAAGUGAUGGGAUCUGAGCACGAACAGUGCCAAAUCAAGACAUUUUGUGUUGUUUUAUUCACUUUUGAAUAAAACACCUUCUAACGGUGUCGACCGGCCAAUUUUCCCAUU